AUGGAACGGGGCAGCGCGGCGGCCGGCAGCGGCGUGGCCCCGGCCCCGGCCCCGGCCCCGGCGCGGAGCGAGGAGGGCGAGGAGCACGAGGGCUGCGCGGGCCUGUGGGAGCUGCCGGUGGAGCGCUGCGAGAGGCGGCCGGAGUGCGGGCGCUGCAGCCGUCCUCAGAAGGUGUGUUUAUGUCCAUUCCUGCCAAUACAUCCACUAAAGGUCUCCACCUGCUUGUAUAUAAUUCAGCAUCCAGCAGAGGAAAGUCGGGUGUUAAGGACGGUACCUUUGCUAGCAGCUUGUCUCCCUCCAGACAAAUGUAAAAUUUUGGUUGGUCGACGUUUUAGUGAAGACAGGUAUCCUGAAUUAGCAACUGUGUGCAGAAAUCAAAAUACUCUAAUUUUGUAUCCUGGAGCUGAAGCAACCAAUUUGGAGGAAGUUGCUGUGAUGUCUUCUAGUCCAUCUGUUAUGAUCAUCAUCGAUGGAACAUGGAGUCAGGCUAAAGAUAUAUUUUACAAAAAUUCUCUCUUCCGGCUUCCCAAGCAGGUGCAGUUAAAAACCAACAUUUCAAGUCAAUAUGUAAUUCGUACACAGCCAACAAACACCUGUCUGUCUACACUUGAAUGUGCAGCUGUUGCUCUUACUAUCAUGGAAAAAAAUCAGAGUAUACAAGAGACUAUACUCCGUCCACUUCAAGCUUUGUGCUCUUUCCAGCUUCAGCAUGGUGCCCAGAUCCAUCACAGCAAGGAGCAUCUUCUCAAAAAUGGCUUAUAUGACAAGCCAAUGCCAAAGAAUAAGCGCAAACUCAGAAGAAUGGAGCUUUUGGUGAAUAAUGUUAAAAUAUAAGAAAACUGUACUGAUAGUACAGUGGGCUUUAUUUGCAGCUAGCAAAUGAAUAUGAAUCUGGAUUUAAUCCAAACAGUUGACUGUACUGUAAUAAAACAACUUUUAGGCCCUUCAUAGGCAAGAGUUUAUCUACCAGUGUGACAAGCUGUAAUGGACAAGCUUUUUCAUUUUUGCAGUAGG